AUGGAUAAUAAAGGCAUAUUAAAUGAAAUAUCCCCGGUGUUUCGACCUUAUAUUCAAAACUUAUAUCAUGAUUUGGAACUAGGAUUAUGCAAGGCUAAAGUUGACCUAGAGAAAGUUGGUGGCAACUGUGACAAUGCAGAGACCCAAUUCAGGCUUAUUCUACCAUACUGCUCCAAAAAACUCAAAUGGGAAGUAAUAUUUGAUUCUUCUACACCUUGGUUUGCUCCUGAUUUUAGAUUUGAUGAUGAUAGUUUUCUCAGUAAUACCGAUAACGAAUUUUUGACGAAAAAUGUUCCUAGUCUUUCAAAUUGGAAUGCUAGUGAUCCAAAAGCAUUGGGUGAUGUUAUUAAUGAAUUAAUAAGGCUUUACAAAUCACACCAGGUAAAAAAGUUAAGUGAAGAUGACUCCCGUGCUUCUUUCGAAUACAGUGCUCUUCUGGGUAAUGCUUAUAUUUCUGAACAUGAUAUUGAGGUUUGGGUUGGGGGGCAUAUAGCUGAAUUCUUAAUUAAGCUGAAAGUGGAUACAUCAAAGUUACCAGAAUUGUAUGAUGAACGAACUGAAGAUAAUCCCGGCAUUGACACAGCUCUUCUACUAGUCCGAUAUCCAAAUUCCACAAAUGCAGAACUGGUGUUGUCACCAUUUCUAUCAAAGUGUCUAGGGAAUAUAUCAUUGCCUCUAAUGCAUCAAUCCGGAGUACUAAUGGAUUAUGUUCCCAUGGUUACAGAUCUCUUAAAUAACAAGAUUCAAGACUUACUAGAUAAUGACAAAUUAAAACGGGAGCUUUUGGCGCAGUUAAUCGUAAAAUAUGAAGGUGCCAUUUUGGAGCAUGACGCCAGCAGUGCUGCUUUUCUUUUUGAAAUGAGUGAUUUUUAUUGGAUAUUGCAAAUUGAUAUAGGUGUUAAAUUUCCGGAAAGACCACCACUUCUGACUUUGCGAUCAGUUUAUCACAGCAAUAAAGGAAAACCAAAAUUCAAGGUUUUAUCUGCUUGCCCGUACAAUAAUUUUGAGGGGUACAUUGAACAACAAGCAGAAAUUUUCAAAAAUGAAUGCAAGGGUGUGAUACCAACCAAUCAGCUUCUAAGUAUAGAUAAUUAA